CGCCGCCGCUGCCGCCUCACGCCAGACGCCGCGACGCGUUCCGACGCUCGCCAGUUUUUUCACACGACCGCGACACUCGCGUCCGCAUCACCUGCUAGAAAUUUUCCGCGUUUCCGGAUUUCCGUUUUCACGUUCUGGAUUCCGGUGGUGGGACACGGAUACUGAUACGACACGAGUGGAAAUGUAAAUCAAUUUGUCCGGGCACGAAUCCGGUUCGCAUCUUUAAAUAGAAACUCCGAUUAACAAAAAAGGGCAUUAAAAUGAGAAGAUCAUCGAACGCUGUUCUGCAGACGCAAACGUCGGAGCCUCUGAUCGUGGUCGAAGACCAGGAAAAUGAAGACAAUCCGACCGGCGACGAUUCGUCGCAACCGAGCUCGGAAGACGAAUCGCCCACCAUGAACCCCUAUUUGUUGUGCCCCUACGGGCGGGAAGUGCGCAAAUUGUCUCUACCAUCACCGCAAUGCAGCGGCAUAACCGCCAGCCAAGUCAGAAGAUUGUCGGAGAGAGGCGAGACAAUCGGGCCAGGACCUAGACAGGCCGAGUUCCUGGCCACCCUCUCCACCGCCCAACAGCCGACACCGGGCGGCCGAAGACACUCGGUCGUCACCAUCUCGAAGGUGCCGUCAGCGAUGUUCGGUCGCAACAGGCGGGAGUCGGUGGCCGCGUUCCCGACCUCCGCCUUCCAGGGCCGCGUCCUGCCUAAUCGUCGCGAAUCGAUAGCCUGUCCGCCGUCGACGGAGCCGCGCGGCAGCAUCCACAAUCUGCAGCUCGACAUAAUGGACGAUAUCGUGCAGGCACGGAAGGUGCGCAUGAAACUGUGGAACACAAGCAGCGAAAAAGUGUGCGAGGUGCAGCCGCUGGACGAGGCGGGCACGGUGCAACGUUACACCAACUCCGGCAGACGUUUCUCGGACUUCGUCGGCACCACGCUCGCCCCGAUCCCCAGUUCGAACAAGCGGCGAGCCUCUGAGCUGCCAGCCACGGCCGCCGCGACCGCCCAAACGGCCGCCUCCACUAGCGCAAGUAAGAAACCCACUACGGGAAUAGUUUGCUCUAAUACUGACCUUAUAUCUAUUUUGUCUUCCCUUUCCACGUCCGCCUCCGACCUGAAUCAGUGUGAGAGGGACAGGGAGAAGGAGCGGACGGUUGACGGACCGGCCAAGAACAUUCCGACAAGUUUGCAACAGAAGCGCAGCCGAUUGAAGAGCAACAGGUCCAGCAGCUUCGACAUCUCCAUAUUGCAAAGCGUAUGUCCGGCGAACGAGCCCAACGACCCCAAGAGCACGCAAAGCCCCUCGAACUGGUUCGCCAAUCGACACCAGCCGAAACCGGAAACUGUGGCGGCGACCAAAGACAAACAGAAGGCAGUGGUGGAUUCUGAGCCGGGCAAGGUCGUAUGGGACGAAAGGAGCGGAUCGUUGGUCGACGCGCACGCCCUCGGCAGCGCCAUCGAGGUCUUCCUUAGGAAAUCGUCGCCGGACAAGACGAAAACCAAGACCGGCUCCAAAAGCAAGACCGCCUGGUUCUCCAAGCCCGACGACGACUCCACCGAGACCUGCGACUCUUCGCUCUGCUCUACGCUCAAAGACUUGUUUGUAAAAUAAACAUACAACUGUUUUCCUAGAAACCCCUUCCAAAGUGUUUGAUGUUACAAUAUUAAUGUGUCUUAAUAUUUAUACCUAUACCUAAUUAUUACUACUAUUAUAUCAAUGGUGUACAAUCAUUUAGGAACAAUAAUAGAGACGUUGUACUUUCAUGAAAAUAUGCUGACGGUCUUAAAUCAAAAACACAAAAUAAAAACGGUUUACGGCAGCAACACCAUAAAACGACAGGCAUAAAAAGGAACCAUCAAUAUUUUGUAGGGUAAUAAAACCUACAAACACCUGAUUCGUAAUAAUAGAAACGUCAUAAAAAUCGUAUUACAUUUUAACAACCUAAUCGAACUGAACGCCGAUAAUUACGGCUUAAAUAAGACAGCUUCGUCGACCAAUCGGGCAUUUAAUUAAAGAUAAUAAUAUCGUUCUCGCCUGUAAUUAUUUACGGUAACGAUAAUUGGGUCAAGUGCCAAUCGAAUUCAUGGGCUACAAAGUUUUAACGUACAGAAUAAACUUUUUACUUCGCUUCAAUUCGGGUCUUGGACAACACUGCUUUUGACGUCCUUUGAUCAACGACCGUCGUAACAAAAUUAGAGCCACCAAAACACAAAUACUCCAACAUCGAGUAAAUAGACAACAUUGUUAUGAAGUUGCGCCAACUUUAUGGAGUUGCCCCUUCUAAUGCAGCAACUUAAGGCCAUAAUAAUAAUCUUUUUGUUAUACAAGUGUAAAUUACUUCGACUGAAAUUAAACAAGUUUUUAUCUGCUGUUGGGUCGAUGGAAGUACAACUCCUCUCACAUCAAAACAUCUCGUUCGCAAUCAGCUGAAAAUCAAACAGAGUAAAAAAAUAACAUAGGAGAGAGUAAUAAAGGCAGAAAGUCAUCGACAUUCAACCGUGAAAAGGAAAUUGGGAGUAACACGUCGCAGUUUAAUUAAAUAAAUUACUCUUAGAUUAGGUCGUCGUGUCUCUUUGCAUUUUUUGACGCACAUCAAAGAAUCUCGCAAUUUUGGCGGACGUGUCAUUAACAAAAAAAAUGUUUAUUCUGGGGCGCCCCAAAAACGACCCCCCAAAUUUUGUCUCUUUACUGUUUGUGUAGCUGUUAAGUACAAGUAGUGAAUUUUUUAAAAUGUGAUUUUCGCUUCGCUGGUCGAAGCAAAACAUAGAGAUUAUUUGUAUAUAUUAGGAAAUAUUUUGGACCAUAUUAAUGUUGUGUGGACAAUCGAUGUAUUUAUUAUUUGAUAGGUAUGAUUUUUGAAGUAUAUUGAAGCUGCAUUCUAAAACAGUGUAUAUUUUCAAUAAUGAUAUAAUUAAUUAACUAAUAAAGUAUUAAACAUAAUGAUAAUUCGUAUUUGAAAUAUUUUAGGAUUAAUAAAUAAAAUGUCGGUAGGAAAACGACGGAGCAAAAUACGGGGAAUUAUUUAGAGCAAUAAACGCAGUGCUUUGCUCCGCCGCUUUGGCUGGUCGAUAAUUAUAAUCAAUGUUAUUCAUACGGUUUAAAUUAUGUAAAUAAUUGAUGUAAAUAAUUAUAUGUUAAUAAAGUUUGUUUCACCUCAACCACACCGAGACUUUCCUUUACAUUAACUCACAAUGUUAAAGAGUAUUUACCUAAUUAACUUAUUCAUUUCCAUUUUAAUAACUAAAAACUUGUCAGAGGUUCUAAUUACUAAAAAAGGUCAAGUAAGUGAUUUUCACACCCUUGUUCAAGAGCUUUCAGCAUUUGGAAACCGUUUUGACGAAAUUGUAACAGAGCAAUCACAAAUAACUACAAAAUACUCAAUUUUUAAUAUGAUCCCUGUGAAACUUCGUGAAACACUUCGUGACAAUAAACGUUGUAUCAAACAUUAAAACAUUGAUGGCGUGUGCAAGAAUCAAUAACAUAAAAUAAAACAACAGCUUAGUUAUGGUUAUUUAUUUGAUGCAGAUACGAAGUAGAAACAUUAUAAAUGCAAGACUUUACUAAACCUAUCGGCAUACAAUAGCCCAUGAAUUUUUUCCGAAUGACAAAUUCUAUUUGGAAAACGUACGAUACACCGAAUCUAAAAAGUUGGAAUGAUACGG